GCUGGAGGACCCACCGUCUUCGGGGCUGGGCUGGAAGAGCCUGAUACCCGAGGGGAUGGGGCUGGAAGUACAACACACCUUGGGGGCGUGCCUGGAGGACCUUGCCUCCGUUAUGCAGUGGAAUGAAGCACACUGACACCCAGGGCUGGAUGACCUUCAGAGAUAGAUGUGAUCAGAAUCUUUCCCUGUGGUUGGUCGAGGAAAUGUCUUUCUUGUCAAAGUAUUUUUCCACAGUAGUUGUGAAAGGUGUGUGCCAUGAACUGAGUUUUACAGUCCCAUGGGGCCACAUUGCAGCCAAGGCCUGGGGUCAUCCAAGUGGGCGCCCAGUAUUAUGUUUGCAUGGCUGGGCAGAUAAUGCCAAUACUUUCAACCGACUCAUCCCUUUGCUUCCAGAAGAGUUUUACUAUGUGGCAUUGGAUUUUCCUGGUCAUGGUCUUUCCUCUCACCGGUCGCCUGGAAUUCCCUAUUACUUCACGGAAUACAUCUCGGAUGUGCGGAGAAUUGCAGACACUUUAAACUGGAAUAAAUUCACCAUUCUAGGCCACAGCAUGGGGGGUAAUGUUGGAGGCUUGUUUUGUUCAAUAUUCCCAGAGUUGGUGGAUAAGCUGAUUGUGCUGGAUGGAUACGGCUUUUAUCCAAUUGCAAGUAAUGCUGUCCAGCAACAACUUCAGACAGCGAUCAAUGAGCUUAUAAAGCUGGAGAAGGAGGAGGGUUCACCCCGAGUGUAUACACCUGAUGGAGCGCUAAAGAGACUGCUGCUGGGAAAUGAAUCCGUUUCGGAGGAAAGUGGCAAGAUUCUGCUUCAGCGGGGAGCCACCAAAGUAGCUGAAGGUCUUGUCUUCAGCCGCGAUUUGAGAAUUAAUCUGGCCACUCCUAUAAGGAUCACCAUCGAACAGUGUCUGGAGUUUCAGAAGAAUAUCACGGCUGCCGUUCUCCUCAUUAUUGCUAAGGAUGGACUGCUCUCAACAGAAAAAUGGAACCCAAACAAGCCACCGUUUAGUCUCAUACUGGAUGGAUACCGGAAUCAUCUGAAGGAGUUCCGAGUGGAGAAAGUGGAGGGAAGUCACCAUGUCCAUUUGAAUGAUCCAGAACGGGUUGUGGAAAUCAUCACCAAGUUUCUCCAGAUGGAUGUCAAAUCCAAACUAUGAGGGUGGAAAGUGGGCAGCCUGUGCCUGGCCCAUCUUACAGAGGGGAAGCACCUUCCCAAGACAGAACACAGCUGCCUUUAUCCAACACUUAAGACCAGAGAUACCAGUCGUCUCGGAGAAAGCCUGGGCCUGACCAGUCAACAACCCGUUUAACAAUAUUUUAAUAGGAAAAUUAAUGGCUUGAAUUGAUUUGAGAAGAUUUAUUGCUGACGAACUGGAAGGCUGUAGGAAUAACAGACAUUAUGGCAGGUUUAAAUGCAGAGGGAUAAAUUGCUGGGAAAUAUCAUGGAAUUGUUUGGAAUUUUGAGCUUCUGUUCAUAGGUUAGAAAAUUGAAAUCCUGAAACAUUUAAAUCAGGUGAAUUAGCCACAAGCCACUCCUUGGCAGUGGAAUUUCCCAAGGCUAUCUCUCAGUGAUGCUGGGGCAGAGUUUGCCGAUCACUUGAAUUGCAAAUGCACUAUCACUCUUUGGGCAAAUACCCUGUGAGGGCAUUUUACAGGAUUAACUGCACUAAGGCAAACAUCUGUCUCAAAGCUUGAAAAUACCUAAACUUCUAAUUUGCCUAAAAGUGCCAGUUUCUAGUCCUAUAAAUUAUUAGCUGUGUUUCACGUAGAACGUUAUAAGAUAGAAAUAGGCCUUUGGCCUAAUUAAUCCAUGUCACUGCUAAGAAUUCCUCUUAGCAGUUCAGAGGAGAGUCUUUGGUUGUCAGGCCCAUGUCCUGGGGGUGUCCUGAAACCCCUAACAAAGUGAGGGUAGCUGGGCAAGAGACUGAAUGAUAUUCUCGUUGCCUCUGGAACGCCCCACACCAACAGCAAGUCACUGUCUCUAGAACAGCAGGAGAACUUCGAGAAACAGUAAAUCAACAAGUUUUUAUCCCUCCUGCCCAGGUUAAUGUACGAAAUGUUCCAGAGUAUCCCAGGAGAGAGAAAGCGAGCUUUGGCAGCUCUGGGAGAGUUGGGUACAAUUGCUAUGGAAAAUGGCCUUGUUUACUCUCAGAAUGCCAAGGGAUCCGGGAAAGAAUGUCAUUCCGGUGUAAGUUUGCUACGUUCUCAGGUUGUGCUAAAGACUGUCCAUUGCUUUGGCAAUGAUUAUCAUCAUAAGAUUAGAAGUUUGAAUGUUUAAUUACCAGUAACACGUUUACUCAAAGUUAAUUGUAUUUUCAAGCAAGCAGUAGAUAUUCUCAGUCUGUCUGUUUCCUGUCUUAGAAUAAAAAAAGCCAGAUUUUCUGUUCUGAAACUUCUGAACUUUUUGGACUUUUAGAAGUAUUAAUUCUUUCAGGUGAGGCCACCAUUCCUUUCAUGUCGCAGCUCAUGUUCCAAAUGUUGGUACUUGUCUUAAACUGAGCAAUGAGUAGAAUGUGUUCACUGCAGCAAUGCUCCCCACUCUAGUGUACACAAAGGCCUCCAAUCAGGGCACUGGGAGCUCCCAGAUUUUUAUAUUGUCUGGGUGUGGUCAUCACUUGUAACAUUUGCUGUUCAAAUCGCCCAAAAUGUUUUGGGAAAAUCACCUAAUCAUUGAUUUACCUGGGGACUGAGAGUAUAUUCACAAGAACAGCAU